GGUGGCGAAGGGAGAGGUAGCGUCUGCGGAGCUGUCCGAGCGCUGGAUGAAAUCGCACUACGAGUCGCAGCCUGUUGAAGGGCUUGGAAUGGACGACAACAUAUCCGGAAAGCGCGUGCUAACAAGGACUCUAAGAGAUAGGAAAGAAAGAAAGCACUACACAGAUGAUUGGGCUCUGGGCGAUGAGGAAAUUGAGGGCCGCCGAUCAUUUCGUCUGGAGGACAAGAUGGAAACAGACAGGUUUCCGCAAUGCUUUGUGAAAGAAAUGCAGGGAGCAGAUUUCAACUUAGCUUAUCUGCAAAGGCAUGGUUUCAACACCCCAUUACUAUUCAGAGAUAAGGCUGGAUUGGGUUUAAGGGUACCAAGUCCAAAUUUCUCUGUAAAUGAUGUUCGUAUGUGUGUUGGAUCGAGGCGCAUAUUAGAUGUAAUGGACGUUAACACACAGAAGAAUGUAGAGAUGACAAUGAAGGAAUGGCAGCGCUAUUAUGAUGACCCCAAAAAAGAAAAACUUCUGAAUGUAAUUUCAUUAGAAUUCAGCCACACCAAACUAGAAAAUUAUAUUCAGACUCCUACUGUUGUACGUCAAAUUGACUGGGUUGAUUGCGUUUGGCCCCGUCAUCUUAAAGAGGCUCAAACAGAAUCAACUAAUGUGCUUGAUGAGAUGAUGUAUCCCAAGGUGCAGAAGUAUUGCCUCAUGUCUGUGAAAGGGUGCUACACAGACUUCCAUGUUGACUUUGGUGGAACUUCUGUUUGGUACCAUAUACUCAAAGGGAGUAAGAUAUUUUGGUUGAUACCUCCUACGGAGCGCAACCUGCAACUGUAUGAGCAGUGGGUGCUGUCUGGAAAACAGGGAGACGUCUUCUUUGGUGACACUGUGGACAAGUGUGGUCGUGUCACCCUUACGGCAGGAAAUACUUUCUUCAUUCCCACUGGCUGGAUACAUGCUGUUUACACACCUGUAGAUUCCCUUGUUUUUGGCGGAAAUUUUCUUCACUCAUUUGGUAUUGAAAAACAACUAAAAACUGCUCAAGUUGAGGACACAACACAUGUGCCCCAAAAAUUCAGGUACCCAUUCUUCACAGAAAUGUUGUGGUAUGUACUGGAGCGUUAUGUACAUUGUUUAUUAGGAAGAUCACAUUUGGAUGAAGGAGCUGGCGUACAGAAUGAUACAAAGUUUGAUCCUGACAAACACAUUCAUCUAACCCCUCAGGAGCUCCAUGGUCUGAAGGCAAUUGUAAUGUUCCUGCAUUCGUUACCUACAAAUAAAAAGAAUGUGCCUGAACUGAUAAGGGAUCCUAUUGCAUUAAUUAAAGAUGUGAGGACUCUUGUUGAAAGGCAUAGGAAUGACAAUCCUGAAGCUGCUGUUACUGGAAAGUGCAUUCUACAGAGGCCUGACGAUAGCUUUAAGGAUCGAAUACCUGGGAGAAUACCACUGGCACGGAACUCUGGUAACCGUGCAUCUUUGGGCGGCCCAGGUCCAAAACACAAGCUGGGUCGUGCAUCUUGGGGUGGAAAAGGAGCUGCUGGACAGAAUAAUGGACCCCGACGAAGGCGAACAAGGUGUAAACGUUGUGAGGCGUGCCAGCGGUCUGACUGCGGAGAAUGUACAUUUUGUUUGGAUAUGGUUAAAUUUGGUGGACCUGGCAGAGCCAAGCAGACCUGCAUCAUGAGGCAAUGUCUACAGCCUAUGUUGCCCGUUACGGCUGCAUGUGUCAUGUGUGCACUGGAUGGAUGGGGCCAAGCACCUGUUCUUCCUAUUCCGAAGACAAAUCGUGAAGCACCCAGUUCACUCAUGGAAUGCUGCAUCUGCUAUGAGAUCAUUCACCCCGACUGUAUAGCAAAGACAAUACCAGAUACAGAAGGUAUUGUUAAUGAAGAUCUUCCAAACAGCUGGGAAUGUCCGAAAUGCUGUAAGGAAGGGAAGAAUGUUGAAUAUAGGCCACGUCACUUCCGGGCUCGGGCGAAGUCAUCAGACAUUCGUCGCAUGUCAGUCAGCAGUGAUAAUAGCUCUAUGUUAGACUCAAAAGACAAUCAUAUGCUCCAAGAUGUGAAAGGGGAUAUGGAUGGUGAAAUGGACGGAGAAGGAGAGGAUGAUGAUGAAGAACAACCAAUGGAGAAGAAGCCACGUUCGGAGCCAAUGCUAGAUUCUUCUCCCUCAGAAGCCUCCUCUGAACCGCGAAAGCUCGCCCUUCGCACACAGCUUGCCCAUCAACUGUCGGCCAACUCCACAAAGCAGUUACGCAAACCUACCCACGUAGUUCGACCAACGCCGCCACCACCCCACGUUGCACCUAUUACGAACCCUAUAUUAGAUCCAGCUGCACUUGUACAAGUUUUCAGGUUUCUGUCUGUGGAGGAUCUUGGUCGGUGUGCCUCGGUAUGUCGAGCGUGGUCCAGAGCAUCCAUCGACCCUCUGCUGUGGAGGCGUACCGACUUAUCGAGGCGGCAUCUCUCGGGCGUACUUCUGGCAGGCAUCGUACGCCGGCAACCUGAGGCAUUGCACCUCGAUUGGACCACACCGCCACCAGCAAAACGGCAUCUUGCGUGGCUCAUUGCGAGACUCCCGCAGCUACGAGAACUGUCACUGCAAGGGUGUUCCUGGGCCGGUGCCUCGGCUCUGCGCUCGUGCACUUGUCCUCCCCUCUCUGUGCUUGAUCUCAGCUUUGUUUUGGGACUCAAUGACGCGUCCUUGCGAGAACUGCUGAGCCCACCACCAGAUUCACGACCAGGUCUAGUAGGGUCUCGUUCACGACUGAAAGGCCUGCGUACGCUCCGCUUGGCGGGAUGCGACAUCUCAGAUGUGGCUCUGCGCUACAUAACACAGCACUUACCAAAACUUGUGGAGUUAGAUAUAUCACAGUGCGUUCGUGUGACGGAUGCAGGAGUGGCGCAGUUGGCUGCGCCCCCUGCGGCCACAACUUCCACGUUAGCAUCUUUGGAUCUCUCAUCCUGUCGGCUGCUGACUGAUUCCAGUCUCGACCAUUUGGCACGUUGCGAUGCUCUGGUUCGACUAGACCUCCGCCACACACCAAACGUCACUGCUGCCGCUCUCGCGAAGUUCGCCGUACGGUCACCACACGGCCUACAUGUUACUGAUACCAAACUGAUAGUUAAAAAGCGCACCCAGUCGCCUGAAAACACGUCCACCACCUGAUGUGCUGAAUAUGCUGUAGUGUGGAAACGUAAUGUACUUUGCACCAGAUGCCACUAGGCGACACAAUUUCUUAUUGUGAUAUUUGUUAGUACAUGUAGUGUGCAUUCAGUUUGCCAGCACUAAGAAAGAUCGUGACAACAUGGCGGCUAAUGUUUCGGUAGCUGUUAUUGCAAUGAAGAUUGCACCGGAGUGGUCAAUUACUGUCAAUCUGAAAAGGACAGUAUACGGAGAAAAUGAUGUGUAAUAUUGUUUGUGAGAUUUGGGUGCUUGCAGUCAACAUCUUUAGCAUGUACUCUUCUUCUAGUCCUGCAGACCAUUGUGUAGCAUGCAAGUGCAUCAAACAGUAAUAUGCAUUAUCACAAAAUAGCUUGACUGAUAUUAUUUGUGAGAGCAGGUCAUAAACAGUUCCUGAAAAUUGACCAACUUUUAAGGUGGUCAGCAGAUUACAUCAGUGCUGAUGUACACUGUUUUCUUCGCUGUGAUUCGUGCUUGUAUAUGAAUAACAAUAACGGAAAAUCCUGGCUGGAGAAAUAUGUAAAAUAAAAGAAAGGCAAUCGCUUACCUAUAGAGGACUUGGCAUGUGGUUGCCUUGCCCUUAACUGACAUAUUUUUGCACAUGAAUGAGAGGUACAGCAGGUAUGAUACAUCAAAGGAUGAUCAAAUUCUAAAAGAUGGCAGGUUCAGAAGUUUGAUUUUUCUAGCUUUUUGUACUAGCAGAUUGCUGCCUUCCUGUUUUAUUUUUACUGAAUUUUACAGCCAUUGUAUCAUGUAAAAAUCUUGAAGGGUGUCAAUUUUUCCCAUGUGUUGAAACUGUGGUUUGGAAACUCUUUAUUUCUAAUACUUGCCUUGGUUACUGUUGCUACAAUAUUUAAUUCAUCACAAGGAAACUUUGAGCAUUUUGAAUCACCAUUUCCUGCUUCUUUCAACUUCAUAAGUCUUUUCACACCAAGUAAAUGAAGACCAGGUUUAACAAUAUGUAAACUGUGAAAUUAUUAUAUUUUGAAGAUUAACUGGAAGAAAGAAUAAUGGCUUGUAUUGGCAUCAGAAAUUGUAGUACACACAAUAGUGACCUGUGAUGAUGCUGAUUUCUCUUAUGGAUCCUUGUUAGCUUUGUUUAGUUAGUGAAAUUGUGUUUUUGCUUGGGAUCUUCACUAGCCACAUUCCUGACAUACAUAAAAGCUGAUGAGCUGUGUUACGUUAGGAAGAACCUAAAGUUCCUCUCCAUCCUGUACUUGAUACGAGAGCUGCAUGCCAAUUUUUGUGCAAUACUUAAGCAUGUGAUAAAUUUGUGAUGAUCAUCACAAAAUGUUGGAUCUUGAAUGAAGAGAAACACACUAUACAUUAAAUAAUUUCCAUAUAAUCCAGUCUCAUCAGAAGAGCUAAUAUUCUUAUAUAAUUUCUUAGAAUUUACUUUCCAUCCUCUCUCUCUCUCUCUCUCUCUCUCUCUCCCCCCCCCCCUCCCUCCCUCCCUCCCUCUCCCCCUCCUUUUUCCUCCUCCUUUCAUUCUUUCAGACAACCAUAUUCACUUUCGAGAUUUUUUAUGCCUUAAGUGGCCCCCUGUUUGUAUAUUUCUGUAUUAAAUGAUAUCUAUAAAAUGUUGGAAUUAUAAAAAGAGAAUAUGUUUCAUCAGAUCUCUGUAUAGUUUUAUUUUAUUCAUCGUGUGAAGUUCUUCUUUUAAUUCUGUAUGGCUUUGAUCCCUGGCACAUAGUACCCCGUGAAAAUAGGAUACCAUUUAUUUCAUCUUGUUUAUGAGUGGCUGUUUAAGUACUUUGUAAAGAACAGUAAGCUUUUUAUAGUAUUCAGAUAUUUUAUUUAUGUUGUAAUGCUGACAAUAAUUAGACCCUAAGCGGUAUGCCUUUCAUUCAUUAUGAUUGUAGGUCUAAAAUAAAAUACGAGUUUUGUUCUUUACUUGUUACUAACUAUUUCAUAAAGAGGUACCUUACAGGCUCAUGAGAAGUAUUUAAGUACUUCCAUCAACUAAUGCCAGUGUUAUCAGCUAAACAUGGGUGAUUUUAAAUACUUACGUCGGAGACAAUUGUAUUGCUAAUUUAUUGCAGGGAUAAAAUGCACUAAUGAUGAAGGAGUUGAUAAUUUCUGCAGCAUUUAUAGAUAUUUGAGCAGGGAAACACGACACCAGUUUUCGUACAGAGUUUUGAAGAUAAUACUUUUGAUAACAUUUCUGGAAGGUAAUUUAUAGUUUUCAUCAAAAUCGUCACUUAGGGUGUCUUGUACAAUAGUACGAAGAAACAAUCAAAAUAAUAAUUAUAAUAUUUGAGAGUGUAGUAAUUUUAUACCAGUUGUACUUUAUCAAAAAAUUGGUGCAAUAAUGCCAAUAUAAUUUAUUUAUGUAUCCUCUUAAACUACAAUGUAAAACCAGAAGAGAAGAAAUAAACUCACUGUGUGUGUGUGUGUGUGUGUGUGUG